CCGCCAACCACGAUGGCUUCCCUUUUCCGCACCCUCUCGCUCUCCGCGAGGUCUCUGAGCCCCAGCAAUGCCUUGGGCGCUUUUGCGACCCGGGCCACCUGGUCAAUGGGCGCCUUGCCCUCGCUCUUUGCGAGCCCCUCUGCCGCGCCUGUCUCGCGGGCCCUCGGCGGCGGCUUGAUGCAGCAGACUCGAGGCAUGAAGGUUCACAGCUCGGUCAAGAAGCGAUGCGAGCACUGCAAGGUUGUCCGACGGAAAGCCGGCAAGCGACACAACGGAUACUUGUACAUCAUCUGCAAGGCGAACCCUCGACACAAGCAGCGACAAGGUUGA